AAGGCAGGAAGUGACGUACCCCAGCGCGCCCCGCGGCGGGCCGAAUUUCCGCUCCAUUUGAAAGUGAUCGCCGCGGGGGGCUGCUGCUGUUGUUUCCCACAGUUCCGCGCCCCCAGCGUGAUGGCCGCCUUCGCCAUGGAGCUGCCGCCGGCCGGAGCUGAACCAAUGACUCUUGGUUCCCCGACCUCUCCAAAGCCAGGAGCUGGUGCUCAGUUCCUACCUGGAUUUUUAAUGGGCGAUUUACCAGCUCCAAUGACUCCACAACCUCGCUCUUUAAGUGGCCCUUCUGUUGGUGUGAUGGAAAUGAGGUCUCCUUUACUUGCAGGUGGAUCUCCUCCACAACCAGUAGUUCCUACACAUAAGGAUAAAAGUGGUGCUCCCCCUGUUAGAAGUAUAUAUGAUGAAUUAUCUAGUCCAGGACUUGGAUCUACACCUCUAACCUCAAGAAAACCACCCAGCUUUUCUGUAACGCAGAGUCCAUUGGUUGGAGCUAUGCCAGCAACCCCUGGAACAGCCACAGGUGUAUUUAGUCCUGCAAGUAUUGGACAGCCCAGAAAGACUACACUGUCUCCUGCUCAGCUGGAUCCUUUCUACACUCAAGGGGAUUCUUUAACCUCAGAAGAUCAUCUUGAUGACACCUGGGUAACUGUAUUUGGGUUUCCUCAAGCAUCUGCUUCAUAUAUUCUACUACAGUUUGCACAGUAUGGAAACAUUUUAAAGCAUGUGAUGUCCAAUACAGGAAACUGGAUGCAUAUUCGGUAUCAGUCCAAACUGCAAGCCCGGAAAGCCUUAAGCAAAGACGGAAGGAUUUUUGGUGAAUCUAUCAUGAUCGGAGUCAAGCCUUGUAUAGAUAAAAGUGUGAUGGAAAGUUUUGACAGAGGCUCUGCAUCCUCCAUGUCUUCAGUCUUCACGCCACCGACAAAAAACUUAGGCACACCGAUGCAGCCUGCAAGUACUCCAAGGAUUUCUACAAUGAGACCUCUUGCAACAGCAUAUAAAGCUUCCACUAGUGACUAUCAGGUGGUUUCUGACAGACAAACCCCAAGGAAAGAUGAAAGUAUUGUAUCUAAAGCUAUGGAAUACAUGUUUGGCUGGUAGCAAGCAAUGGAAAGUAUUACACUAAAACACAGUUAGGGCUACAAAUAAACUGCCAGCUUCCUGGUUAGUUGUAUAACCACUCAUGGCAGUAUUUCAGCUUCCCUUCACACCAGUUAUGCCUUCUGAGAGGAGAAUUCAGCAGACAUUGUUUGCACUUUAAAUGAUGACAAUGUACACAGCAUUUUAAGAUGUUAAUCUUAAACUAAUCAGUGUAAAUACAAGUGGUCUUGUGCUGUUUGUGCUCUAGUGAUUGCAUGACUUCAGGAAAAAAGUCAGUACUGAUUUGCUAUAAGUUAUGGAAUUGUGUUAAUUAUACUUUCCAGUAAAGUGAGAAUGUAUAAAUGAUAACUCAGUUUACUGUUUCCCAAUAAUGUAACAAUGUUUCUUAAUCUUUUCUGGAAAGAUGGUAAGUUUUUUCUGCAGGAUGAACACUAUGUAUUCUAGUAAUAUAAGGGAUUUUUCUUGGGCUACCAAUUUUAAAAUGAAUGUUUUAAAUUUUAAUUUGGAUGCUGUUUAAUACUUCUCUGUUUAUAUAAAGUUCAUCUUGGAGUCCCAUUCUAAAUUUUCAUAACAGCCUUUUAAACUUUUUAACUUAAAUUUUCUUAAUAAAAGUUAAGAGUUUGCAAAGUUGAGUUCUUUUUAAAAGCUUGAGUGACCCAUGUGUUCAUGAACUUCCCAUUUGUCUCACAGGCGUAUUGCAUGUACCACCUGAACUUACACAGCACUGUGUUGGGUUCAGGUAGCCAGUCAAACAAAAUGGGUGGAUUUAAUUUGCAUAAAUUGGAAUUGGUAACAUAUUAAGAUUUAAAUUUGGACUUACUAAGAAAUUAACAUAGUAGUGCACUGUGCCACUUAUCAAUACCUUAUGCUUUAUUUAGAAAAGGUCAAAAAUAUGGGACACAAACGUGUAUGUUUCACCGGGACUAAAAUACAUCCUCCACUUAAGUGCACAGGACAUGCCCGCUUUUAAGCAUGUUCAGCACACUACAGUUUGAAACAAGCAGUUAAAAAUAUCUAAUUGCAAUUGCAAGUGGAAAAAAAUGGCUAAACUGUAACUUGGCCAGAACAAAGACUAAGCUAAUUGCUGCAAGGGGCCAGAGCCUUUUACAUCAUAAGACUUUCUAAUGAAGAAGCUAUUUCUGCUGUGUUGGCAGAAUAGUGAAUCAAAGGGUAGAGUGUCGUCUUUUGAAUUACCAACAUACUCUCCUUCAGUACCCAGAACUUUCCGGAGAGGUGGCCUAUCCGGGACUGAGGAGGCUUCAUCCUAUAUUAUGUGAGAUCCAUGAUCAUAGAUUGAGAGAUGGCUAAAUACAGCUGAUUUUUUUCCCCACGUAUACUCAAAGGGAAAAAUCUUGCCUCCGUACACUACUAUCCCUACAUCCUUGUUUCUAGUAUCUUCCUCCAACUCAAGCUAUUUGACAAUACCACAUUUUGACACACACAGUUACAAACUUCAUCCUGACUCUGUAAAUUUCCCUUUCUCAAGGUACCUGAGAGGAAACUUCUCUCCCCUCAAUAAGCUUAAUGUAUUUCAAUUAGUGUUGGGCUCUAGUAAUAACUCCUCAGAAUUCAGUUCUACAGCUGAUGGCAACCCCUUUGCUCACAUGAUUCAAGAGGGACAUUUCCGUAGCUUGGGGCAGCAUGUGGCUCAGUGCACCACUGAUAUUCGUAUCCCAGCAGUUUGUACUUGGUUCCAGAGUAUAUCAAAGAAGGUGCAUGAGUCUUUACUCCCAAAUAGAAACCAACUGUACAUGGUACAUCCUAGAUCUUAUGCAAUGUGGGGAACAUAAAACAGCGUGGAACGUGCAGCCUUAAGCGUUGUCUAAAUAUGUAUUGCACCAGUUUAAGAUAAAUUGGCUUUUAAACUGACUUAAACCAGUGCAAAAUCCAGCACAGACACUAUUGGUUUAAGAGUAGCUAAUGGUGGUUUAGCUUCAGCUUGUUCUUAAUUGACUCAGGCUAAUUUGAUAUGAAGUGCCCACAUAGCUUUGUUCACUAGUUUAACUGUAUCAGUUUUAAAUAACCUUUAAACAAGUAGUUUCAUCUGCUUAACUAGACCAGCCCUGUGCUCCUUUGGAAACUAUUAUAUUGUGUAUAAUAGCUGGUGCUUAGUAAAGAGCUGCCCUUUUGUUGGAAUCUAAACAGGACAAGCAAUCACCUGUUGACUGUUAAUCGGUAUGUUGGGUUCCAGUUGCUCCUUAAUUGCAGUCCCCAAUACACCUGCUCAAAAUGCAGUACCCUCUCUCUGGCCUGUGCUUCCAAACAGCCUGUUAAACAGAUGAGCCCAUACAGAAAACAGGUAAUGAAACUAUUUUCUGACAACUAGCAAAUUACAAUCUUUCCUCCUAUAAGCCGAAAUGACUUCCACAGGAUUCUUGGUGUAUUACUUGUAUUUAGCUGCUCACUUCUGAUCUCCUGAGUUCCACUUGGAUCCAUCUCCUUUCUUGCUCACUCUCCCUACCUUCACUGAACUUAGACCUCAAGAUCAUUUGUUCACUAAAUAAACUGCUGAACAGUUUGAUGGCUCACACCAUUCCAAAUACCAGAUUUAAAUUUCUUGACUGCUGCUGUUCUGUUGUCUUGCUUCUCAUGAAGUUUAGGAUGACUUUUCCUGCCCAGACUGGCACCUUCACACACUUUUUUUUUUUUUCCUUAUUGAUGCUGUCUGUACAUUAAAACUGCCUAGGAAUGUUGGAUAUUGGUUCACUUCUCUCUGUAGGCAGGGAGAAAACAUGCUCAGGAUCAAAGAAUCAAUAUACUUUGCUUCUACUGUCUAACUUUGGCUGUUGUGUUGCUGAUCUAGGUUCUUCCUGGAGUGACUUGGAUUUGUAUCACACGCUUGUUACAAUAAGUGUUUCCAAAUCGUGUCUCAUAGUGUGCUGAGUAGCUGUAGUCAUUUUGUUUGUAGACUAGCUCACUAUGAAUGUAGUAAGAAUUAUCUAAUGUCUUAUACACCCAAAACAUUACACAAAAUGCUCAUUUUCAAAAUAUGUUGUUGGCAAAAGAAAGCAUCUCUAGUUUACAAAUAAAGAACCUGAGUGCUAAGGGGAGGAUUUUCAAAAGUGCAUUUAGAGUGGUGUAGCCCUGUUGGUUCCAGGAUGUUAGAGAGACAGUGGGUGAGAGAAUCUUUUUCUGGACCAGCUUCUGUUGGUGAAAGAUACAAGCUUUUGAUAUCCAUGGGUCCUGUACAUGCCUGUUACCACAUGUGUGUCUCACCCAGUGCACUAAAUGCCCAACAGUUAUGUGGGUGAAACCAGACAAUCCCCACAUUCUUGAAUUAAUUCAGAAAAAUAAAAGACAAAACCACUAUAUUACCUGUGGGUGAACACUUUUCCCAAAACAGUUACUCCAUAUCUGAUAUCUGACCUCUCAGUCCUCUUCCUCAAAGGAAAUCUGCUCAACACCUUCGAAACAUGAGCCUGGGAGCUUAAAUUGGUAACUCUGCUAGAUUCUAAAAAUCAUGGUCUGAAUAAAACACAGGAGUUAUGGCUUAUUAUAAGAAUCUUUAACCCACUAGCUCUUUUUUUUUUUUUUUGGUCCUAUUUUUGUCCUGCAGCGAUGUUAAUGGGCUGCUUUACCUUGAAUGGUAUGUGUGUUAACUACUUAUACUAAACAUUCUGUUCCAUCUUGUAUUUAGCUGUGACAUUCUGAGUACUUUUCCAGACCUGCAGAAGAGCUCUGUGUAAACUCAAAAGCUUGUGUCUUUCACCAACAGAAGUUGGUCCAAUAAAAGAUAUUACCUCACCUACCUUGUCUCUCUCAAGAGACUUCCAGGGACUUAUGCUCCUAAAUCCCACAGGUGCUUUGGAAUAUCUCCAGCCUUAUUUUGUCAAGGUCAGAUGGUGAGUUGCAGGGAGAACUGGCAUUAGAAAUUUAGGAGUUGUUCCUGUCCUGUGCACUUACUUAGUACUGCUGCUUUAAAAUGGAAAAGUAUAGUUACAGUGAUAGCUGACUUGCCUGUAAUUAAGGGGCCAUUUUGUAAAAUUACUACAAGCUACUCUUAGUAUGACCUUUUUAUGAGUGAUGUACCCAAAUAGUUGGAUGCUAAUACUUUAAUGUAACCACUGAAUUUAUUAACUUUAAUCUGGGAUAUUGCGGAUUAUGUACUAUAGGUAUUUUAUGAUUUUCAAACAACACUUUGUACUUUUGGAUAAUUUAAGCAUUAUGCCCAGAUGUUCAGACACUCUCGUCUUAACCUAUGUAUUACAUAAUGUUAACAUUAUCUUUAAUAAAUUUUUUAAAAUCUG